AUGGAGGAGAUUUUAGCGACCACAGCCAUCGCCGUAGCAGCCACGAUCUUCAUCCUCCUGUCUUUCUCAGCCUAUCUAACGAUCAGAAUCUUCACCGGAAAGUCCAUACACAACAAGGAGUACUCUCCUGUCCACGCGACGAUCUUUGACCUUUUCUCCCACAGCGACGAGAUGUAUGAUUACCAGACAGAGAUCGCAAGGAAGAAGCCCACUUACAGGUUCUUGAGUCCAGGAAAGAGCGAGAUAUUCACUGCUGAUCCUCGCAACGUGGAGCAUAUUCUCAAGACAAGAUUCGACAACUACAGCAAAGGAGAAAACAGUCGUGAGAAUCUUGGUGAUCUUUUGGGACAUGGGAUCUUCACUGUUGAUGGAGAGAAGUGGAAACACCAGAGGAAGCUUGCGAGCUUUGAGUUCUCUACUAGAGUUUUAAGAGAUUUUAGCUGCUCUGUUUUUAAGAGGAAUGCAUGUAAGCUUGUUGGUUUUGUCUCUGAGUUUGCUCUCUCUGGAAAGUCUUUUGAUGCUCAGGAUAUGUUGAUGAGAUAUGCACUGGAGUCUAUUUUUAAAGUUGGGUUUGGUGUGGAGUUAAAUUGUUUGGAUGAGUCUAGCAAAGAAGGGGAAGAGUUCAUGGAGGCUUUUGAUGAAGGUAACGUUGCAACUAGUUUUAGAUACAUCGAUCCUUUCUGGAAGCUGAAAUGGUUUCUCAAAAUCGGAUCACAAUCAAGACUCAAGAAGAGUGUUGAUACUAUAGACAAGUUUGUCUACAGACUCAUUACAAAUAAAAGAGAAGAGCUUGCCAAGGAACAGAACACUGCUGUUAGAGAGGAUAUACUAUCGAGAUUUCUAUUGGAGAGUGAGAAAGAUCGGGAGAAGAUGAAUGAUAAGUACCUGAGAGAUAUAAUCUUGAACUUUAUGGUUGCUGGGAAGGACACAGCCGCUGCAUCACUCUCUUGGUUCUUGUACAUGCUCUGCAAACACCCAUUUGUUCAGGAGAGAAUCGUACAAGAGAUCAGAGACGUUACAUCAAGUGACGAGAGGACAACCGAUGUAAAUGGUUUUGCUCAAAGUAUAAGUGAAGAGGCUCUUAAUCAGAUGCAAUAUCUCCAUGCAACCUUGUCUGAGACCUUGAGGCUUUACCCUAUUGUGCCUGUGAACAUGAGGUGUGCAGAAAAUGAUGACAUACUUGCAGAUGGACAUAGAGUGAAGAAAGGGGAUAAUGUCUACUACAUGGCCUAUGCAAUGGGAAGGAUGACUUAUAUUUGGGGAGAAGAUGCUGAGGAGUUCAAGCCAGAGAGAUGGCUUAAGGAUGGCGUGUUCCAACCAGAAUCACCCUUCAAAUUCAUAAGCUUUCAUGGUGGUCCAAGAAUCUGUCUUGGCAAGGAUUUCGCAUACAGGCAAAUGAAGAUAGUAUCAAUGGUACUUCUUCACUUCUUUCGCUUCAAAAUGGCUGAUGGGAAGAGUGACGUGCGUUACAAGAGAAUGCUUACGCUUCACAUUGAAGGAGGACUCCAUCUCAAUGCAAUCCCAAGGACAAGCACUUGA